AUGGAAUCAAAAUCAAAUUACAAUAAUCCUUAAACUUAAUUAGACAACGAAGGAUCAUUCGUUGAUAAAAUAAUAUUGGAAAUGAAAUAAUUAAUCUUUAAGAUAGUAACACAGAUGUUAAAAAUUGAAUCUCAAUCUGUUUUUUUUUAGCUACUGAUGAGACUCAUAUAAUAUAUGUAAUUGAAUGCUAUACUUUUUAAUCGAUAAAUCUGGAAAAUUUGGUAAGUUACAUCAGUGUCUUAACCAUUGCACACUUUUUUCAAGUAUUGAUAUAACUUAUUUUAGCUACUUUAUGAUUACACCAUAUUUUGAUUUAGAAAGUUUUUCGUAUUUUGUAGUAAUAAUGUAUGUUUGUUUAUCAUUAUUUUUGAUAACACUCAUGCUUAUUUUUGUAAUUGGUUUUUAUUCAAAUAAAUAAAACCAAAGUUUUACAUGGGCAAUGGCAAUUCUUAAAACGUUGAUCGAAUUUUUUCUGUCAAUAUUAUUUCUACCUUUUGUUGAUGUUUUUUUAGCAAUGAUAGCUUGUUAUGAUAAUGGGAAAGGUUAAUUUUAGCAUUUUUUGUUUGAUAUUUAUUGCUGGGAAAAUGUACACAUAGUACAUGGAAUUGUUGCUAUCAUAGCUUUGAUAAUUUUUAGUUUUACCACAUUAUUAUUUUCAAUGAUAUAUUAUGAAGUAAACUAUUUACCAUAAAAAUUGAAUUCAAAAAAAUAAAGUAGAUCAACAACAUUUUUGUUGUUAUAUGAAUUAGUUAUGGUAAUAUGCUACACUUUUAUGAAUGAUAAAGUAUAUGAAUAUGUUCAUAUUUUAAUAAUGUUAAUUGGUAGUUUUCUUGUAUUUUGGUGGUUUCAUGUUGAAAAACCAUAUAAUAAUCAUAUAAUUUAGAAAUCAUAUUCAAUGUUAGUAACAUUUCAUUUAUGGGGUGUUUCUAUGCUAUGUUUUGCAAAAUAUUUAGAAGGAGUAUUAUUUUUUGGAGUUAUAUUUUCUUGGAUGGGAGGAUUGCCUUUAAUAAUAAUAACUCUAAUUCGUCCAUAAAAUGAAUAAUAUGAAAUUUUAAUGACUAAUUUAGCUACUUGCUAAUAACCUGAACAAAUUUAUAAAAUGACAAAUUUUCUAUAGUAAUUAUAAUAUGAAAGUCUAAAUGAUUAAACAUCAGGAUUAGUGAUUGAUGGAUUUUUAGAUCAUCAUAAAAUAACUUGUAUUAGAGAUGAUUGUCAUUUAAAAUUGAAAGGAUUACCUAAUUAUAGAAGAAAUAAAAUAGGACUUAAUGACAGUAAUUUAUAAGAGAGAGAUGUGGAUUUAUCUAUUGUAUUAUAUCAAAUGUAUUUAAAUUAAACAAAAAGAUUUUAGAGUUUUAUUAAAUUAAGGUUAAAAUUUGCUAUAUAUAUGUAUGAAAAAAUGAAAUAAAAAUAAAAUGCUUUAAUUGAACUUUAAGCUAUUGAAUAAAUGUUUCCUAAAUUUGAUGAAGAAUUUAUUAUUUUCAGAUUUAAAAAAAUAAUAGAAGAAGAAUUAAAUUCUGGUGAUGGAUACGGAAAUUUCGAUUUAGGUAAUGAAUUAUAAUUCUAAAAUAAUUAUAAGACAUUAUAAAGAUAUAUUGAAAGAUCUUCAUUACUUCAUAUGGACUUUUGGUCAUUAUUAUAAGAAGAUUUUCCUGAUUUAAGUAAAUUAAAUGAACUUGGAUAAAAAAUAAAUAACUCAAUCGUAUAGAUAGAGGAUUUAUGGAAGAAAAUGUAAAAAUAAAGCACAAAUUUAGCAAAAGCAUUAAGAUUAUAUGGUAAGUUUCAGAUAGAAGUUUUAUAAGAUAAAGAAUAAGGAGAAGAAUUACUUGAAAAAUCUAGAAUGCUCUAAUAAUAAGUAGGUUUAAAUAGAAAUAAAGCAACAACAACAUUUAUAAAUGCAGAAGACAUAGGAUUAGAAGCUUUACCAACAAUAGUAAUAGCAACAACUGUUGAUAAAUUUUCUUAAAUUACUAAUCUUAAUAAAGCUUGUUGUAAUGUUUUAGCUUAUAAUAAGUCAGAAUUAUUAAAUAAAAAAGUUACAUAAAUUAUGCCAAAUAUUUUUUCUAGGUUUCAUGACAGAUAUAUUGAAAAAUUUAUGACUCUAAAUGUUUCAAAUCUAUUCAAUGUAGAUAGAUACAUUUUUGUUAAAUAAAAACACAAUUAUAUUAUACCAAGCUUUUUAAAUAUUAGAAUGCUCUCAUCUUUUGAUGAUACUACACUUAUUGUAGGAUAAUUUAAGUUAAUCAAAUAAUUUAAACCAAUAUGUUAUAUAAUAACAGAUACUGAAAAAAUUAUUGAAUCCAUAUCUGCUUCAUGUUUUUCUUUAUUAGGUAUUGAUAAUAAAUUAAUAACUCAUAAUAAAAUCUAUAUCAAUGAUCUUUUUCCCUCAUUCCAAGAGUAAUUUAGCUCAUUUUUUACUAAAUCAGGAGCACCAAUUAAAUGUAACAAUUCCCUUUUAUAAACUAAAUCUCCUUCUUAUUAAUAAUCAUCUGAAUAAUAAACUGAAAAGUAAAAAUCUGAUAAAUGUUUUUAAAUUUAUUAAUGUAAUGUAUCAGAAAUCAGAGAUUUUGAGAAACAACUUGUAGGUUAUGCUAUUAAAUUAGAAUUAAUAUAGAAUGAAAAAUCAUUUGGCACUCAAUAAAAUAUGAGUUUAUUAGGAGAAAAAUAAUAAACUGAAUAAUUAGUUUAUAACUAAUUGUAAUUUAAAUUUAUACCUAAAAUUAUGACAUUCUUAGCUGAACUUGGAAAUGAGGCAAACUCAUAAAGAGUUGAUUAGUCUGUUAAUUGGGAUUAAUAAGAUCAAAGUUCUUAAAUAACAUCGAAUCUUGGAAUGGAAUAUUAAAAGCCUUCUACUGAAAAGAGUGAUGAAUUAUAAUUAAUAUCAUAAUCUGUAAAAUUAGAUGACGGAAUUAAAACAUUGAGAUUAUUUGAAAAUAAAAUCUAAGAUAUUGAAGAUAGAGAAGAUAUCAUUUCUGAAGAUGAAGAAUCAGGAAGAUAAAGUGUUUUUCAAAAGAUUGAUAAUGAUUCAAUUGAUGUAGGAGGGAAUGAUAAUUUGAAUGUUUUUAGAUCAAGAACAAAUUUACUUUAAUUGAUAAAUAUUCAAUAAACACCUAAAGUCAUUACAAAACUUAAUUGGACAAUGAAUUUAGAAAUGCUUUCAAUAGUCACUUUAUCAUUUGUAGCUUUCUUUUUAACUAAUUAAUAAUACAAUAAAAUAAGUGAUCAAUUAUAUCUAGUUUAAUAAGUAGGAAUUAGAAAUGCAGAAUUUUUUAAUUUAAUUGCAGCAAUUUAGAAUUUAUAAAUGAAAUAAUUAGGAAUUUGGACAUUUAAUUCUGAUUUAGAGAGUGCAUAAUAUGAAAAGGAUUAAAGGAUCAAUAUAAAUAAUACUAUUAAUACAAUAAAUGAAAUUAAUACAAUAUUGACAUUAAAUAGCGAAAAUGAUAAUGCAUAAUUAAAAGAAUUGUAUACAAAAAAUAUUGUAAAUAUGAGAGUUAGUGAAGGAGUUUUUUAAAAAUAUGAUUUAGUUUAAGCAAUGCAAUAAUUAUUGAGUAAAUCACUUAUUAUUAGAGAUAAAUAAUUAGAAUUUAUGACUCCUAAUGAUGAAGAUUUUAAAUUUUUGGUAUUUAAUCUUUUAAAUGAUUUUUCAAAUCAUUUGAAAAAUUCAACUGAGCAAUAUUCCAUAGAUUUAAGUUAGAAAACAGUUGAUAACAGAUAAGAAUUAAUAAGUAUUUUAGGAACAUCUUCAGGUAUUUUAGGUGUAUCAUUACUAUUACUGAUAUUUUUUUUAAUUUAGAUGGCUAGUAGAUUAUAAGAAAUUUUAGUGCUUUUUUUAGAUAUUCCAGAUAAAACUGUAAAAUUUUUGUAUUCAAAAUGUGAAAACUUUUUAUCUAAUAUUUAAAUAGGAGAAGAUGAUGAAAUGUUGUCAGAUUUUGAUGAACUUGAAAAAGAAGAGAGGGAAGAAUUGAAUAAAACUUUAAAAUAAAGAAGAAAAAAAAAAAAAUAUAAAAAUUCUAAUAAAGAAUUGAGAAAUUUAAUUUUGGUUACUCUAAUUUUUACUAUAUUAUUUUAAAGCUAUUUCAUAAUAUUUUAUUUUUUGAGUAGUGAGAUGCUUACAAAUUUAAAUUAGAUGGUACCUGAAAUUAAUUCGACAUCUUAUUGUGAAAGUUUUUAUAAAUUUGUUGAAGGAGCUGAGAGACAUGUAUUUUUAAAUAGAGAUAUUUCCAUAACUGGUAUUGAUUCAUAUUAAUUACUUAAAUCUGGAAUAGAUGCACUUUAUUAAAUAGAUUCAUAUUUUCAUUAAGAACAUUCUUUAAAUGUAGAAAUUCUAAAUACUGUUUAUGUAGAUGCUUUUUAAGAGAUUUUCAUGCUUUAACCUUGUGCAAUAUUUUCUAAAUAAAUGCAAACUGGAACUGAAGAGGACUGUAAAUCUUUUGCUUCUGGAGCUAUUGAUUAAGGUAUGGCUGUAGGAUUAGCAAGAUUUAUAGAAAAUAUUAGAUUUUUAUUAACAAUUUAUGAAUAAUUUUAUGGUCAUCCUGAAGUUUCAUUUUCUAAUGCUGUAAGAGGAAAUGUCAUAUUUAAGAAUAUUACUUAGAAUGAUGAUAAUGUUACAAAUUACAUUUAUAAUUUAAACAAUUUUAAAUAGGCAAAAGAAUUGAGAGUAAUGUAAAGUACUUAUUUAAAAGGUAACAAUAUAAAUAAUUUUAGCUACUUUUCGAUAUUUAUUCAUUAAAUUAAAAGAAGGUAUUAAUUCAGAUAUGUCUAAUUCUAAAACUUAGCUAUUAGCUUUAUUUAUCAUAUUUGAAGCAAUUUUGUUUAUUCUCUAUUUUGUUUUUUGGUUGCCUCUGACAAUUAAAUUAAUUCGAGACAUUUAAAAAACAAGAAUAAUGGUAAUGAUGAUACCAUUAAAAGUUAUUAUAAAAAUAAGAUCCAUAAAAUUAUAUAUUAAAGAUGUAAUUUUAGAAAAAGCUAUAGAGAAAUGA